UUGUCCCGGAGUUGCAAGGUCCUGCUGACGUUGUGAGGCUAUUUCAAGAAUCUUCCACUUCAGUUAACAUGGCUGUCAUCAGCCUUCUAUCUGAUUGUUGGCGGACCCAUUGUUGCAGCAGCAAUCGGCAUCACCAUGAAAUCCGACAUCGCGCCCCCCGAGAAGCGAACGACUAUAUUCUUGUACCUGACAGCUUCUAUCUAAUCGCCGAGAUCGUGGCGCCGAUCAUGUCCGCAAAGCUGAGGAAAUUGGAGACCGGUACCCUCCCGUUCUUGCGCUAUUCUUCCAGCAACGUGGUAUAAUCCUGGCAGUCUUCUUCCCAGAAACCUUACACAUGCGUGAUCAAUCACGACCAGCAGAAACCACUGCGAGACUGGUAGAAGUGAAAGCAAAGAAUCAUGCCUUCAGCCCAAAGCAGCAGAUACGGCAUUUCCAGGACGCUUUCGAGUUCUUAAAGAGUAAUCGAACACUGGCGUUAGUUGUCUUCACGUUCAUGGCGAACAGACUCGGUCGACAAGGCAUCACACUGCUCGUGCGCUAUGCCUCGAAACGGUAUGACUGGGAGAUCAAGCAAGCAGCCUAUCUCUUGUCGUUCCGUGCAGCGACGAAUUUAGCUGCUGUUGCCACCUUUCUUCCCCUAACCAACUAUGUGCUACUCAAUCAUGUUCGACUGCCUGCGCAUUGGGCCGAUUUGUGGAUAGCGCGCGGCUCAAUCAUUCUGACCGCUGUUUCCUUCCUCGUCAUUGGUCUUGCAGCACAUCCGGCUCUGCUCAAUCAGCUCUUCCAGUGGGGCAUGGGUCUAGGCAGUGUGUGGCUUGGAUUGCCUUUCCUAACUGCCAUGUUCGUGUUCGCUGGCCUUUCAUUCAAAAUCGAUGUCAGCGCGAAAGAGGUGGCAUACGCUGAAGUGCAGAGCGAUGAUGAAGACGAUGUGUUUGAGUGUCAAGGUAGAGCAAGCACAUCCGCACUGGAACAGGAAGGUAUGCAUCGACAAUCACUAUCGAGAGAUUCCCUACACAGCCAACGCUAACGCCACAUAGCAAGAAUCAAAUCCAAUACUCUUGACGUAUUUUGCUGUGCACAUUACCGUGGUUCGAUAUUCUGCGCAACUCAUUCUUCUGAGGUUUCGAGGUCUCCUGGCUGUACUUCCCUCGGGCGCACGCGAAACAACGUGCUUACCCACCAAAUUUUCAUCAAAGAAAGUGCAACACCACGACACG